AUGGCUGCAGUACAAGCAAUCAGAGCUGAAUCGGCUUUGCCAGCUUAUAAUCAAGUACCAGAGACUCGAUACGAACUUGAUUGGGCAGAUUUAGCAACUCUCGAUCUCUCUGUGUUUGAUACGCCAGGUGGGAAAAAGAAGCUAGCAAACCAACUUUUCGAUGCCAUCGACAAGAUAGGGUUCUUCUACAUCACCAACUUCGGCCUCAGUCAAGAGGCUGUGGAUCGUCAAUUCGCCAUAGGCAAGGAGCUAUUCGAACUGCCGACAGAGGAAAAACUCAAGUACCGAGCCGAUCUCGAGAAUGGCGGCUACAACGGUUAUAAGCCUCUCGGCCUGCGUGAAAUUCGACCAGGCGUACAAGACAACACCGAAAUUUACAACAUACCCAAGUUCAUCCCUGCCUUCGAUCAACCACACCCCGAGAUCAUCAAUGCACACAGGGAAGAGAUUGAAAAGUUUGCCCGCCACAUCUCUGAUAAUGUUGCUGGCAAACUAUUGGUUCUUCUUGCCAUCGUCCUGGAGUUGCCCGAGAACUUCUUUCUGGAAAAGCAUCGGUAUAAUGAGAAGAGCGACUGCCAUCUCAGAUACAUGAAGUACCACCAUCGCACUUCAGAGCAGAACCAAGCGCUGGACAAUGUGUGGGUAAAGGGCCACACCGACUUUGGCUCCCUAACUCUACUCUUCCGUCAGCCCGUUGCAGCACUCCAAGUUCGGACACCAGAAGGCGAAUGGAAGCAUGUCAAACCCUAUCCGGGAAGCAUUACUGUCAACAUCGCAGACUCGCUGGAGUUCCUCACUAAUGGUUUCCUCAAAAGUAGCAUUCAUCGUGUCGUUGCUCCUCCUGCCGAUCAAGCUGAUAUCGAUCGCUUGGGCGUGCUAUACUUUGUGCGUCCGGAAGACAGCGUUGAGCUGAGGCCGGCUCCGAGCGUUGUGUUGGACAAGCUGGGGUACACGAAGUCGAAGGAUGAAAGCGUGGUAGGCGUGACGGCUGGAGAGUGGGUCAAGGCUAGGGUUGCAAAGGGUGUUGCUAAGGGGAAAGUGAGAAGCGAGACAAAUGAGGAGCCAAUUAUUGGAGGAAAGAGUGUGAAGUACUACGACUAA